GUAUCGUGGGAAGCCCUGGACAAAUGCCCCCACAUUUGGAUCACUGGCUGUAUCUCAUGGCUCCAUAAGGCUCACUAAAUUUCAAGGCAGUCCAAGUAACUGCAUAGAUAUUUAGAGCACUUAGAAGAGCUGAGCUUUAAACAGAAAGCUGGUCUUAGCCUUAUUUCUACUGUAAAACUACAAGGGACUUGGACUUACACCUGCUGCUGCACACUUGACAGCUAUUAUUCUUGUUUUUGCAAAGCCAUGGGGCUGAAGUCAGUUGAUGCUACUGCAACCCAUGUACUCAUCCAUAACACGUAAACACCUAAAUGGCCAGUUAAACACAUAAUUGGCCACUUGUACAUACAAGUGGUUGAUUUGUAUAUGCAUUCUCAGUAAAUAUGCCCGCAAUUUAGUGUGUGGAAUAUUAAGCACUGAAUUGAAAUACAAGGGAUCAUAUCCUAUUGGCAGCUAAUGUUAUUAAUAAUCAUUUAGAGUUUCUCUUUCCUGAUUAUGAAAACUUCAUAAGCUUCAAAAGUACAAAGGAAAUCAGUAUAAAUGAUGCAGGAACUGAUCCCCCUGGAAUAAUGAAAUUAAUUAUCAUAUUAGUUAAUUAGUUGCUGUCUGCUGCUGUUAGGUUUCUAAGGGUUUUUAAAUAAUCUCUGUUAUGUUAAGCAAACCAAGAAAUGUAGUGUGUUUCAGUAAGCUAUGUCAGAGUUACUUCUGGAGUUGUACUGGCCUCAUGCAAUAACCAAGAUACCCUAAUUCUCUGUGAAGGGAUUUGUGAAGUUCUAUGGCUCUAUCCAUUCCCUUUUGUUUUCUUUCUGCUUCUCUGAAUCUUCAUCUUGUCUUUAUCUGGUAGGUGAGCUCUGGGGCAUUUUAAUCAGCUAACUUAAAAAGAAAACAUUCUGCCGAGUUAAAAUAAAAUAUCCCGGAUCUAAUUUUUAUAGCUAUAGCUGACACAGCCUACGCUACAGCAUCUCCAGUGCAGCAAUAUAAGGAAAAAUGUACUCACCAGCUAGACAUCAUCUGUCAUUCUAUUAAGGGAUCCUUGUGGCACCAUAAACCAUAAGUGCAAUAUUCAGACAUUGGGCCUUCUGCUCCAGAUGAUGACAAUUUUGGGAAAAAUCUCAGCCCCAUUGAAGUCAAUGACAAAAUUCCCAUUGACUUCAGUGGAGCCAGGAUAAUAUCCAGGAGGUUUUACCAUUGAUUUUAAAGAACAAUAGGAAUGGACCCUUACUUUAGUGAUGCUGCUGGAUCUUUUUUUUUUUUCCCCUUCCAUCAUCUAAAUAUAUGAUUUUUAAAAAAAAAACCCUCUACCUAUGCUUCAUGUCUUCCUCUUUUCAGUUUCUCCUCCAUUUGCUUUUCACCUUCCUCCUCAUGGAUAUAAGGGGAGACUUUCAAAGGCACAAAGGGCAGUUUAGGCACCCAGUUCCCACUGAAAGUUUGGAACCAAACUCUUAUUUGUGCCUUGUGACUUUGACAUUUUUACCCUUGAUCCUUUUCUACUGUCCAGAUUCACAGAUGAGAAUUUAAACUCUAUUUACCACCUGAAAAGUAUAUCAUGAUAAUUUGAUGAUAAAUUUGCUGACAUCACUUACAAUGCGCACUUCCUUCUUCUCACAUCUAACACUUCUGAAUGGUAAGAGGCUGAAUAUGAUCCCGACAUAACAUUAGGAUUGUUUACAAAUCCAAAUGAAAUGUUUCUUAUGCUUUCCUGGCCUACUGGCAUGUUAUUCGCUGAGUCAUUUUUUAUUUAGCACAGUAACUUUCUAUCAAAAUUAGGGAACGUUCUAAAAAAUAAGCCAGGACUUUGUUCUCUGUAGUUCCUGUGGAUAUUUCCUUCUGAAAGAAAAAAAAAAGGCAAGUAGAUGAUAAAAAAAUAGUUGCUAUAGCAAGCACCAUUUGAAAUGCAGUGGUUUGAGAGGCAUGAAAAGAAACGCUUCAGUUAGGUAGUGGCAAGAUUGCAGCUCCAAGUAAUAAGCCUAAAUAUAUGGUUAUUUGGCACUAAUUUUCCCUACUCUGAGAUUCUGAUUCUCAGUUGGCACAUUUUAUUAUCUGGAUGGAAGACCUUGCAAUAACAAUUAGCAAAAUUAUGAGGUAAUAUUUGGUGAGGGGCUAAGGAGACCUGGUACAAUAAGCAUUGCAAACAAAUCCACUUCUAUUUAGGAUGGGCCAUAUUUCUUUUGAAAGGAUUCCCUUAAUUAUUUUAACCUAUUAAUAUACCCCCUUUCCAACUAUGAAAUGAAGCUAGCUUUAUUUUUGUUUUAACUGCCCCUUAUAUAUUGUCUCAGUUAGGAGAUCACUAACUUAGACUAAAACUUUCAAUCCCACAAUCAACCAUCAAUGGAAAUACAAGUAGUUUUGCAUCUGGUGGGAAUUUGCAUGCACACCUCUGCAUGGUAAUCCUUUCAAAGGGUAUAGCAGGUGGAGCAGCUGGAGGCAAGGCAAUUAAGUGAUAAAACUGUGACCACUGAAAAUUGCAUUUCACAAAAUGAUAUGGUCCAUUUUUUUCAGAAGCCACUGAAAAGUCAAUAUUUCACAGUUGGCUGACUGUGCAAAACCUAGAAAAUCAUUUACUUUGGCAACGUUCAUAUGUUGCACUUGUUUGUGUGUGGUCGGGUUUCUCAGUUGUGGCCAGCAAGUGCUCAGUGAAACCCAUUCAAAGGAUGUGUAAAAAAUGCUGGCUUUUGCACUCCCCCAAUUCCCUGGGUUGGCUGCAUGACAGGUCACUCCUGAGUAACAACAUAGGGGAACCUUGUAAGUUACUCCAGCUGCCCAUAGACCCCAAGGGCCAGUACAGCAGCUGGGGAUCAGUAAGAGAUGGAAACCCUGGCCACAACCCUUAUGCCAGCUCUAUGCUGUUGCUAGACCCCUGCUGUAACAGGGCGGCCUGCCACUCUAAGAGCUGGCAGGCCUUGGACCAGUCAGCCCCUGUUCAUUUAGCCCUGCCCUGCUACAUCUUUGCAGGGUGUGAGACUUAAAAAGAGGUUGGGUCCUGACUGGGUGAAGAGUAGACAGGCUACCCAAUGUGAGAUAAGAAGCUGGAUUUGUGCUAGCCUGAGGAACAGGGAAAUCUGUGGGUAUGUCUACACUCCACACUACAUCCAGGAUCUCACUCAGGUAUAAGCCCUCUUCUGUUCACUCACAAAUCAGUCUGACUUGGGACCUAGGACUCUCCUAGAGGGGUGCAUCAGAGACUGAGUCCUGCUGUGACUCAGGUCCAAGCACUGUCAUUUUGUGGUGUGGCUGCAACUCAAGCCACAGACUCAAGUCAGAAGGUCUGCCUAGUACAGUACAGAUGUGUUAGCACAGUUGUAAGACCCAGCUCCAGCAAUUGUAAACCUAGGUUUACAAUGCAGUGUGGACUCUCAGCCAUGGGCUUGGAACCACUGAGUCCAGAAGCCUGGGCUUAGUGUGCAGUGUAAACACACCUGGGAAGCCAAAGCCUGAAGCCAGGAGGAAGCUGGUGAGGCCAGGUUUGGGGAGAUGUAUAAAGACUUGAGCCCAAGAGGAGCCUGAGGCUUGUGGGCUGGACUAGAACCAGGGAGGACUGAGGGAUGAAAGCCCAGCAGUUAAGGGCUGGUUGUAAGGAGAGCAGACAGGCUGCUCCAAUGUGAGGCAAGAAGCUGGCCUCAAGCUAGGAACUGGCUGAGGGCUAUGGCCUGUCAGAGGACCUUGGUAGGAUAGUAGACCUGACCUGGACGGUUGGGUUGAUUGGAGCCCAAGAACCAGUGAAUAGACCAUGUUGCUCUUGGGAGCCUGCCAAUAAGGAGGGGGGCUGAUGGUUGAGCCCAGUGGGGCUGAAAACUCUCUUGUUUUGAUAUUGUUUUGGGGCUCAAAAGAAGUUGAAUGCUUUAAAGUGGCUCUGCCAGGGGGCCAAGUCACCUCUAUGGCUGCAACUGGCUGAAGAUAGUUGUGGGGAAACUGUAAGCAGGAGGGCUGCGAAGCCAGGUAUUUCUGUGAGGGGUGCUCUCAGAAAGUCUGUUACCCGCCUCCAGUAGGGUCCUCCUUCCAUAGCCGGUUAGAUCAGGGUUAGGGCUAGAAUCCAGCUGGGGUGCAGUGGCCGCACUGCACUCAAGGAACUGAAUCGAUAUCUGUACUUGCAGUUUUAAUCACAGUGCCAUCUGGAGUUGUAUCCUCUAUGGAGAAUAACAUUAUAGGUUGGGUUAAACCUUUUUGAAACUGGUGAGGUUAACAGCUGCACUUCAUUCAGGUUAAAUGAAAGUAACUCUAGGGGCCUAAACCCAAAACACAAGCGUAUGUCACAGCCCCAAACUAAGAGAUAUGCAAGUCUGCCCAGAAAAUAGAACUAUGUGGGUGGAGUUUUGCUAGUUAUUGUGUUUGGGUAGAGGUGGGGUGGGGAGAGCAAGAGAAGACAGCACAGAAACAGACACAGAAGGAGCAGAAAGCCAGACAAAAGACUGACCAAGUAUUGAGUGUGUGGUCCUGCAAAAACCUAUAGAAAGCAUUGUUGGGGCUGGGGCUGGCAAAAAGAGGUUUGGAGCUGUGAGCCCCUGUUUGGUUCCUCCUGUGUUCAGGGAAACGAGGCUUUGCACAUUCUCGUAAGUAAACAAGAUUGUAUCAAAGGUGCCAGAUUCCAUAAUCAAUUUCUCCUAGUAACUGAAACAACCCAUAAGAUGCUGAAUUUUUGGUUAGCCACUCAGGCCAACACAAAUUGUAAUUGCAAAGUGUGUCAGACUCAAAUACAAGAUAGAUAUCAGGCUUUCAUGUGUAUAUUGGUCAGAAUCCAUAAACUGACUGUGCGUGGGCACUGCAACAGAAGCAGCAUAUAUUAACUGCUAAAACAGCCCAAUUAGCUAUCUUGCAUAGCAUUCAUUCUCUAGAAAUUCCCUGUGCCAAUUGAAAAUCGAUACACCUAUUUCAUCUUAAUUUUCAGCUUAUAACAUCAAUAACCACCUCAGCACAGGAUAUUUUUUGGGAAUUCAUUAUCCGAUGAGGUCCCUUGAUGGAGAUUGUAAAGUAGUUUCUCUUUGCUAUGAUAAUCAGGCUUGAACAGCAACUUGGUGAGCUUAUUUUACUAUAUAAUUCAUAUUUAUACCAUGCACUUUCAAUGUUCCCCGGCUCCUGGAUUUCACACACAAACAAAAAAACUGUUGACAAUGUCUUUGGACAUAUAUUGUACCAUACACUACUUCAGUAUCAGUGGGCCCAUCAUUUCCCCUGCAAUAGGCAACCCAAGGGACUGAUGUAAUGGCCUAAAAGGGCCAAUUACCAUCCGUGGAGUUGAUUAUCCUUAUUUUAAACUGACAACAAAUGCAAGGUGGUUGUUUAUGGGGCAAAAUAUGAAGCACAAACACAUGGUCUCAGGCAGUCUUGCCCAGGGCCUGUUCAAGCAUAAAUUGAUGGCUUCCCUAGAUAAGAUAGAGAGGGACUCUAUAAAGAUCAGCUCCUUGGAAGUAUAAUCUGUUGGGACACUUCUGUGAUUACUGGUGUGCAGUGCUUUCCAUUAAAAGGGCAGCAUUUACCCAGUUAUGAUACUGUGAUAAUUGAGAUGCCAUAGGUCAUUUCCCCUAUUUGCAAUAAUUAGUAUUUCCAAUACUGCUGUGAGGCAAUGGAUAGCAAUUACGAGCUAUUAAAGAUGGUUAGGGAGGCUCAGGGAUGGCUUGGUUUCAAAUUCAGUUUAAUUCAAACCAUCAAGCAUGGGGGAUAGGAUUCAGAGGAAAAAUAAUCCCACGUCUAAAUUGCUCUGUUUUGUCAGUCUAUCGAGUUCAUUGCCAGGCCACUGCUGUAAUCAAUGAUCUCACAUCAUUAAGGUGAGGCAGUGGGUGUGAAGAUUAACAAUGGCUGUGGUUGGGGAUUUUUGCCCACCUUAUGUUUUUUUUAACCACAGGGAGGUGAUUAUUUCAUUGUCCUCCAAUUAUGUAACCCACAUGAAAGAACAUGAAGUUACAGUUCCUCUUUUAAAAUGUGUUGCCAUGUAUUCUGCCCAGUUUCCUAGGAACACUUAUGUAUCUAAGUGUUGUUACUGGAUCCUUUCUUCUGUAGCUGUUAGGUUUAUUUAAACACCACUUUCAAAAGAAAUCAUUCGGGAAUUCAAAUACAUUCCUAGCUACCGUGCAGUGCCAGGUAAACAUAAGCCUCCACGACUAUCGGUCAGGUAAAGGCUUUGGGGGUUAUUAUGCUUGAAUCAUAAGCAGUGAGAACAGUAUGCAGCCAUCUGACUGACUAUUUUCUUCCACAAUAGUUUUUAGCUUGAUCUUUACUUGAAAUUUCAUUAUAUACUAAAACUUUACAUGUCUGCAAAUGUGGGAAACAUCCAUUGUUAAACAUUUGGUACAUGGAAUUAUAUGAUGUAUUUUACAGAAAUGAGUCCUGCCUGCCUUUGAACCCACAAAAGCAAGGAAAAUUCUGAGUUAUAGCCAACCUAAUUGUGCUUAGGAAUUGCAACUAAUAUGGUUUGUAAAGUUAUCCUUUUAUUUUUAAGAGCCCCAAAAGAAGGCUACAUGUUAAAAUCUACCAUACAGAGACUGAGUGGAGUAAGCAAAGGAUGAAGUUAUUAACUUAAGUCUGAAUUCACUUAAGCUGGCCUGAACAAUGCUGUCACUCCAGUCACUUCACGUACUUGCAGCAGUGGGUUUUUUUCUGGUGACGUGUCAUGCUGAGGAGAAGUGUGCAGGAAUUCCUGGAAUCCCUGGCACCCCAGGAGCCAAUGGAUUGCCUGGAAGAGAUGGAAGAGAUGGUAUGAAAGGAAACCCAGGCCCACCAGGUCCUCAGGGGCCACCCAGUGGCAUGCCAGGUCUUCCUGGAAGAGAUGGGCUUCCUGGGGUGAAAGGGCCCCAGGGUGAAAAAGGCAACAAGGGGGAGAGAGGGGAGCCUGGACCACAAGGCCUGCCUGCUUCUAUUGAUCCUGAAAUGCAAGAAAGCCUCCAGGUUUUAACGCAUCGAAUUACCAGACUGGAAGGAGUCCUUACUUUGGAAGGAAAAAUAACAGAAGUGGGGGAAAAAAUUCUCGCUACCAAUGGGAAAGAAGUCAAUUUUGAAACCACAUUAAAAGCAUGUGAACAUGCUGGUGGCUCCAUCGCCACCCCCAAGAACCAGGAGGAAAACAAUGCUAUUUUGGAUAUUGUGAAACAGUUUAACAGAUAUCCUUAUCUGGGUAUAAGGGAGAGUGAUGUUCCAGGUGAAUUCCAGUAUCUGGAUGGGAAACCUCUGAAUUAUACCAACUGGCGUGCUCGUGAGCCAAAUGGCAAAGGAGGGGAAAACUGUGUGGAGAUGUACACUGAUGGAGGCUGGAAUGACAAAAAAUGCAACCAGUACCGCCUCACUAUCUCUCAACAAAAAAGGAAAGCAUCAGUGCAUGUUGACUUUUCAAAUGUUCUUGCACAAGGCUUUAAACAUAAAGAAAAUCAAAGCAAAAAAUCAUUCAAGAAUUCACACUCCUCAAUCAUUUUUAAUUUUGAAAAUAAGCACUCAGCACUGGGUAGUAAAUACUCUUUGUUUUAUAGCUGGCCUCCAACAAUGUCGCCCCAAUUGUUUCACGUAGUCACAGCAAUAGCCUUUUUGCUGGUGACCAGCCAUGCUGGGGACCACCAUGAAGGAAUGCAGAGAAUCCCUGGCAAACCUGGACUGAACGAAUUGCCUGCAAGAGAAGGAAAGCCUGGUUUAAAAGCAGACCCAGGACUGCAAGCAGGUCCCCCAGGGCCACCAAGUUCCAUGAGAGGUCCUCCCGGAAAAGAUGGGCUUCAUGGGCCACAAGGGCCUAGGGGUGAACGAGGCGAGAAGGGAGAGCGAGGGCAGCCUGGACAACCAGGCCUACCUGUUUCUCGUGAUCCUGAAUUACAAGAAACCCUCAAAGGAUUCAAACAUCAAAUUGCCAGACUGGAAGGAGUCCUUGCCUUGGAUGGGACCAUAAAGACAUUUGGAAAAAAAAUGUUUGCUACCAAUGGACAAGAUGUCGAUUUUGAGACCACACUGGAAGCAUGCAAACAGGCGGGCGGCUCCAUUGCAUCUCCCAGGAAUAAGGGGGAGAAUGAUGCUGUUUUCCAUAUUGUGAGGUUAUUUAACAGCUGUGCCUAUCUGGGCAUUAAUGGGGAUGGGAUUCCAGGUAAUUUCAGUUUCCGGGAUGGAACAGCAGUAAAUUAUACAAACUUGCAUGCAGGUGAGCCCAGUGACAUAGGGGGAAAAAACUGCAUGGAGAUGUGCACUGACGGUGCCUGGAAUAGCACAAGUUGCAACCAGAACCGCCUCACUAUCUGUGAAUUUUAAUCCUUGCUCCUACCUUUCCUUCAAAAUGUCGGACAUCUGUAGGGUCCUUUGAAUUCUUUCUUUCAUCCACAAACAAGAAUCUGUUUUCUCAGCAUUGUAGUUAGUGACUUCUGUGAUUAUUCUGUAUGAGAAAAUGAAAAUCAAUAAAGUCAUGAUGCACUA